AAGCCUUUGCGGCUGACAAGAGACUACGCGUCCCAGAGGCCCCUGCGGCGCCGCAACCGGAAGCGGCGGGCGAGCCGAGUGUCCUUGCGCGCGGAGCCGAGCGAUCAUGGUACCCCGAGUUUGGUCUCUAAUGAGGUUCCUCAUCAAGGGCAGUGUGGCUGGGGGUGCUAUCUACCUGGUGUACGACCAGGAGCUGCUGGGGCCCAGUGACAAGAGUCAGGCGGUCCUUCAGAAAGCCGAGGAGGUGGUCCCCACUGCCGUGUACCAGUUCAGCCAGUACGUGUGCGAGCAGACAGGCCUGAAGUUACCACAGCUCCCAGCCCCUCCAAAGUUUAACUUUCACAUCCGCGACUCUUGGAAUUCAGGCAUCAUCACCAUGAUGUCAGCUCUGUCCGUGGCCCCCUCUAAGGCCUGGGAGUACUCCAAGGAGGGCUGGGACUACCUGAAGGAGCGAACCAAGUAGCCUGUCAGAGGAAGCUGUCUGCCUCAGGCAGGAACAGGGGCAGGGGUGCCACAAACACCAGACUGGGACCCAACUGGGCAGCUCCUGGCCUUGCUGGCCCAAUAAAGGACUUGGAAGUGUUCCUCAA